GUCGCUCGGUCGCCGGUUUGAAACGUCGACGAGCUGUACAGUUUCCUCCCCAUUUUUAUAACGCUCAAGGUUGCUCCUUCGCAGGCACUGUACGUACCAAGGCCAAGCCAUGGGCUGCCGCCGUCGUCCGACCACCACCCUAGUCUUGGUGCUGCUGCUACACCUCUACUAUGCGCCGCGCUGGGCCUUCUCGCUCAGCUUCAGCCUCAACUUCUCCGACGCCGGCGCCGGCUCAUGGAUCGACUUGGAUGGCGACGCAUCCAUCAGCCCACCAAGGCUCGAGCUGACGAAUUCGAAGAACCUCCUGAGCAGCGUCGGCCGGGCGUCGUACGCGCACAAGGUGCCGCUGUGGAACGGCGACACCGGCGAGAUGGCUAGCUUCACCACCAACUUCUCCUUCCAGAUCACUCCGGUGAAGGCCAGCUCCGGCGAAGGGAUGGCCUUCUUCCUCGGCCACUUCCCGUCGGAGAUCCCGCCCCAGAGCGGCGGGGGCGGCCUCGGCCUCCUCCCGGCCUUCACCAACGGGACGGGCCCCACCCGGAUGGUGGCCGUCGAGUUCGACACAGUCGGCAACUCCUACUAUGGCGGCAUCAGCAAGAACCAUGUCGGCAUCGACGUCAACUCCAUGGUUUCCACGGAGUCCACCCCCAUCACGACCAUGCAGAACCUCACGUCGUCCUAUGUCAUGAAGGCAACUGUCACGUACCACAACGUGUCCAAGAUGCUGGCCGUUGAUCUCCUCAUCGACGAUGCCCUGUUCCAGGUCAAUGCCACCGUCGAUCUGAGCACACAGCUGCCGGAGGAGGUCGCCGUCGGCUUAUCGGCGGCCACCGGCAACGCCUCCGAGCUGCACCGGAUACUCUCGUGGUCAUUCAGUUCCACUCUACCUCCUCUUCCGACCAGGAAUAACAACAAAAAGUUGGUAGUGAUCCUGUCAUCCGUACUAGUCCCAUUGCUUUCUUUGGUGGUAUGUGUGGCCCUGUUGCUAUGGCGGCGAGACAAUAAAAUGAAGGCAAAUGAGGACGGACAAGAACGGUACGCCCACAGAGCUGACCUCGAGAGAGGUGUGGCUGCCGGCGGCCCCAGGCGGUACACCUACCAUGAGCUGGUUGCCGCAACGAGACACUUCGCGGAGGAGGAGAAGCUCGGGCGAGGCGGCUUCGGGAGCGUUUACCGGGGUCACCUCAUGCUCACACCCUCACCCGCCGACCGCCGUGCGGUGGCGGUAAAGAUGUUGUCGGCGGAGUCGUCGGCGCAGGGGAGAAAGGAGUUCGAGGCUGAGGUGAGGAUCAUCAGCAGACUGAAGCAUCGUAACCUUGUGCAGCUGCUGGGUUGGUGCGACAGCCACAAGGGUCUCUUGCUCGUCUAUGAGCUCGUGGCGGAGGGCAGCCUAGACAGGCACCUCUACAGCAAGGACAAAUGUCUCACAUGGCCACAGAGGUACAAGAUCAUCCUCGGAUUGGGAUCCGCGCUGCACUACCUCCACGGAGAGUGGGAGCAGUGCGUCGUGCAUGGCGACAUCAAGCCCAGCAACAUCAUGCUCGACUCGUCAAUGAGCACCAAACUCGGGGACUUCGGGUUGGCCCGGCUCGUCGACCACGACACGGGGUUGCUGCAAACCACCAAGGCCGUGCUCGGCACAGCCGGCUACAUUGAUCCUGAGUUCGUUAACACGCGCCGGCCGUGCACCGAGUCCGAUGUGUACAGCUUCGGUGUCGUCCUACUUGAGAUCGUCUCCGGCCGGCGGCCGGUGAUGGAGACCGCGGGGAAAUCGUUCACACUGGUCAGGUGGGUGUGGAGCCUCUACGGCAGGAACGCGAUCCUCGACGCGGCCGAUGACCGUCUGAGGGGAGACGAGGCCGACGAGCGGUGGAUGGUGCGGGUGCUCGUCGUCGGGCUCUGGUGCGCGCAUCCGGACCGAAGCGAGCGGCCGUCUGUCGCCCAGGCAAUGCACGUCCUGCAGUCCGACGAGGCGAGGCUGCCGGCGCUCCCGCUCCACAUGUACAGGACUGUGCCGGACACCGUGUCCUCCUCCGGCCCGUACGAGGCUUUCUCCAUUGAGACCUCCAGCUCUAGCUCCGGUUGUGUUCGCUCUUCUUUGGUCAACACCGGCGACACCACUCAUUCCUCCGACUCGUCCUCAAGUGCGUUGCUACGGAACUCCAGGGAUCUAGCUAAUUGAUUAAUGCAGAUUUGUAAGGCUUAAUUAGAUUUUUUUGUUACAUCCACCAUGCAUCGACAGCAACAAUUAUUUUUUGGAAAAGUUGCGGCUAAACCUGAGGCUGCCCGUAAUGGUAGUAUCAUAGGUAGUAUCAUGCAUGCCAACUAAGCAAUUUUGUUGA